GCGAGACAUUCGAGGAGUUCCGAUUGGAGAAGGCGCCAGAAAUACGCGGGAGAUAUUGAAGUCGUCUUUGUAUACACUUUGUUUCGUGGGUCCAAAUUGAGAAGAUGUACGUCCACAAAAGAGAUGGAAGGCAGGAGAAGGUGAUGUUUGACAAAAUCACGUCCCGGAUCCAGAAGCUGUGCUAUGGAUUACAUUCGGAUUUUGUUGACCCGGCUGCAAUAACUCUCAAGGUCAUCAAUGGUUUGUAUCCAGGAGUGACCACUGUAGAGCUGGACAAUCUAGCUGCCGAGACUGCUGCGACGAUGACCACCAGACACCCCGACUACGCAAUCCUCGCUGCCAGGAUAGCGGUGUCCAAUCUCCACAAGGAGACCAAGAAAGUUUUCAGUGAGGUGAUGGAUGAUCUUUAUAAUUGGAUCAACCCCAAAACCAACCAGCACUCCCCCAUGAUAUCAUCGGAGAUCCACAGCAUCAUCAUGAACAACGCUGAUCGAUUGAAUUCAGCAUUGAUAUAUGAUCGGGACUUUAACUACCAAUAUUUUGGAUUUAAAACUUUGGAAAGAUCUUACCUGUUGAGAAUAAACGGGAAAGUGGCCGAGAGGCCUCAACACAUGCUGAUGAGAGUUUCUGUGGGGAUCCAUCAUCAUGACAUUGACAGUGCCAUUGAGACAUACAACCUGCUAUCAGAAAAGUGGUUCACCCAUGCUUCUCCUACGCUGUUUAACGCUGGAACAAACCGACCACAGCUGUCAAGCUGUUUUCUGCUGACAAUGCACUCGGACAGUAUAGAAGGAAUUUAUGAUACCUUAAAACAAUGUGCGUUGAUUUCUAAAUCUGCGGGGGGCAUCGGACUGAAUGUUCACUGUAUUCGAUCCACGGGAAGCUAUAUUGCUGGGACUAAUGGAACGUCUAACGGAUUGUUACCGAUGCUGAGGGUGUACAACAACACAGCUAGAUACGUGGAUCAAGGAGGAAAUAAGAGACCCGGGGCUUUCGCUAUUUACUUGGAGCCCUGGCACAUGGACGUUUUCCAAUUCCUGGACUGUAAGAAGAAUACUGGGAAGGAAGAACAGCGGGCCAGGGAUUUGUUCUACGCCCUGUGGAUCCCGGAUCUCUUCAUGAAGAGGGUGGAGAAGAACGAGGAUUGGACUCUAAUGGACCCUCAUGAGUGUCGAGGACUACACGACUGCUGGGGAGAGGAGUUUGAAAACUUGUACCAAAAAUACGAACAAGAGGGCAAAGGAAGGAAAACGAUAAAAGCUCAGCAGCUGUGGUACGCGAUCAUUGAGUCGCAGACAGAGACCGGUACCCCAUACAUGUUGUACAAGGAUCACUGUAACAGGAAGUCCAACCAACAGAAUCUGGGAACCAUCAAAUGUAGCAACCUGUGUACAGAGAUCGUGGAAUACAGCAGUCCUGACGAGGUUGCUGUGUGUAAUUUGGCAUCCAUUGCUCUCAACAUGUACGUCAAGCCAGACAAGACAUAUGACUUUGAGAAACUCAAAAGUGUCACCAAAGUCAUCGUCAGAAACCUGAAUAAAAUCAUUGAUGUCAACUACUACCCGGUACCAGAGGCCAAACGAUCCAACAUGAGACAUCGUCCAAUCGGAAUUGGUGUUCAGGGCCUAGCCGACGCCUUCAUUCUGAUGAGGUUCCCGUUCGAAAGUGAGGAGGCACAGUUACUAAACAUUCACAUUUUCGAGACGAUUUACUACGCAGCACUGGAAGCGAGUUGUGAGUUGGCGGAACGUGAUGGAACGUACGAGACGUAUCCAGGAAGUCCAAUCAGCAAGGGGAUCUUGCAACCUGACAUGUGGAAUGUAGUACCUACCAACCUUCAAGACUGGAAUUCAUUACGUGAAAAAAUCAAAAAACAUGGUGUUAGAAACAGCUUGUUAUUGGCCCCCAUGCCUACAGCCUCCACUGCACAGAUUCUAGGUAACAAUGAAUCGAUAGAGGCUUACACCAGUAACAUAUACUCCAGGAGAGUUUUGUCCGGGGAGUUCCAGGUGGUGAACCAGCACUUGAUGAAAGAUUUGACAGAGAGAGGAUUGUGGGACGAUGACAUGAAAAACAAAAUCAUCGCCAAUAGCGGAUCUAUUCAGAAUGUUGAGGAGAUCCCGGAGGAAAUCCGUAAGUUGUACAAGACAGUAUGGGAGAUAUCCCAGAAGACAGUGCUCAAAAUGGCAGCCGACAGGGGAGCAUUUAUUGACCAGAGUCAGUCGAUGAACAUCCACAUUGCCGAGCCUAACUACGGCAAACUGACCAGUAUGCACUUCUACGCCUGGAAACUAGGACUGAAGACGGGCAUGUACUAUUUGAGAACAAAGCCUGCAGCUUCCGCUAUUCAGUUCACUGUAGACAAGACAAAGCUGAAACAGCCCACAGGAAAAUCAGCAGCAGAACAAGAUAUAGAGAAAGCCACAACAAACAUGGCAGCCAUGGUGUGCUCUCUGAAAAACAAAGAUGACUGUCUGAUGUGUGGCUCCUAAAGAAAACAAUCAUCUCCAAUAACUACAUUAUCAUUUCCAGAGAGUUAGCUUAUAGAGAUACCAAUAACUACAUUAUCAUUUCCAGAGAGUUAGCUAUGAGAAGCUGAUUGGUAGUGUUCCAGAAUGUUAUAUGUGUUCGAUCUGCCCUGCUGGUGUGAUAUUUGACAAUAUAUUGUCAGUUAUUUUGACAGCAGAGAUUAUUUAUUUAUUAAAACUAUGCUACAUCAAA